GCGGAUGGUCACCUGAGAAGGGCGGGCGGUGUGAAUGUGGCUGGUGUGUUUUGAUGCUUUGCUUCUCCCGAGCUUCGAUCCAAAAAGCUUUAUUUCACCUUGUCGCAUGCUCCCCGCGCCUCCGGGUCACAGCUCAUUCACACCCUGUCAUUCUCUCCGUGUCGCUCUUCGGCUGAUCAUGCUGUGAAUUGGUCUCAACCUCCUCUCUAAUCUGGAGACCUUGCAGUCCUUCGCUUAAUUUCCCAUCAUGGCUGCCGGCGGGCCGCGCCCAUACCGGCGCAUUUUGACGUCUGCCCUGCAUCGAAGAUUUGUUCAUGCUUCAGCUUUGGCGCUGCUUGUCAAUUAUCUAGUUGCAUUUCUCAUUGGUGAUAAAUCAUCUUUCCUAUGGUCAUGGUUUCCAAUUGGAGGAUGUGGUAUCCGUACGGUCCUUUUGUUCGUCUCUAGCCUCGUUGUCUUCGUCCUGCGUGUUGGGCAGAUGCACAUUGGUUCGAGAACCACCACCUCUCCGCUUUUCACUCUGCAAGAUUCCCUCCCGUUCAAGGCGAUCCAGACUACAGGAUGGUAUCUCUUCUCGGCCUGGUGGUUCAGUGAAAUCUAUAAGUGGUCCUCUCCUCGAAGCGCAAAUCUGGAAUGGGUGAACCAAGCAAGGCCCCACGAAAGAGUGUCCUUGAACGAGCAGACGGUCUACUUUUACGCCAGCAAUUUUGCCUUAGCAGUUGUGCAGUCGGCGAUACACUUCUACUAUGAUUUCGAUCUCAUCCCCAUUCCCGUUGCCAAACCAGCCACUGGUGCUGCUGACCAGAGGAGACAUCCCGUCUCGCCGAUUUCCAAGCAGAUUCAACUGGCGCUACCUCGAAUAUUCGUUGAUACAGCCAAGCGAGUGAUCAAGGUCACCGCUAUAUUGCCUUUCUUAUACGUGAUCUUCUUUAGGCGCACAGCUUGGAGCUUCGCCAUGUUCUUCGCCAAACUGUUCUGGAAUUUCCCGCAAUCCGCCGCAGACCCACCAUCACUCAAGACCUUCGGCUUCUGGCAUGUGUUCCGACCUCUGUGGUCGGGGACACUCCUGGUCAUCUGCUGGGAGACCGCCAACCUUUUCUUCUCCGUGUUCCUCAGCAAGGAGCCUCUGAAGCGGGGCCAACCAUUGACAGCAGACGCGAAGGAUCCCAAUGGCAGCCUUCUGACCGGACUAAAUGCGAAAAAAGAAGCCGUCCGUGCCUUUGCUUUCUGGGAGUUGUCUUUCAUCAGUCAACAAUUCCCUGACCGACGUAAGGGGAUCUUCAACGACAUCGAUCGUGAAGGUGCGCCGGCGUGGACACAAAUCCUACAGUCUGCCAGCGACGUGAUCAAGGGCAUCUCGGCUCGCAUCGAAGAAGAAACGAAACCUCAGCCAGGCGCGAAGCUGUCGCAACCAGAGCAGCCUCCUCCCGUUCUGCAGACCCUUCCCCGUCUCACCGAAGCGCCCAAGGCGCAAGACAUUUUUGCGCCCUCCCCCAAGGCGACUUCACGCCGACAGCAUUUUGAGGAGGCCUUCAGCACAACAGCCAAGUCUUACGGCCAAUCUACCCCGGACUGGCCAGAUUGGUCACCUGGAAGCAGUCUUCGCGCUCGUGACGCCCUCAACCGUGCCUCGACAUCCUACCGGGAGCUCAAGAUUCUCACGGGCAUUUCGGCCGGUAAACCGGCCAACGUCCAUUCAUUUGUCGCCCUCUUCCUGCGCUCCCCGAUUGGCUGGCUGUUUCGACAAACCUAUGCCCGCCGGUUGUCUGCUGUCGUCCUCGGCUCUCCCAAUUCCACCGCAUGCACUAUAGUCGAUGCGAUCGACUCGCUAACUCGCCUCCUCGUGGCAAGUCUUCAGGAAGAUCAAUACGGCAAGGUCCAGGUGGAUGUUCCCGUCGUCGUACGCCUUUACACCGAUACGAUCCUGACUCUGGAGACGUUCGUCAAUAAGGGAAUGGACGUGCACUGGACAGAUGUCUACUUCCCUUCCGAAAACAGCCCUCAGGCCCAGCUGGAGGCACGACGGGUCCCCGAAGUGGAUCUCGUUCGCGACGUGUUGAAGCACUCUCUUAGCGAUCUUCUAUCUGCAUUCAACCCUUACCUCAAGGACAUUGGACUUGUCGGAAAAGAUCUCCGGUUAGCCAGAGAGGCGGCUAGUCUUGUUGAGGAUGAGACUUCCAAAAAAUAAACCAGCAAUGAACUAUGACGAGCUAGUAGGUUAUGCAUUCCGUUCUAUGGAUGAUUUGGACGGACAUCUUAUUUUUGCAUUUUGGGGUUUUCGCAUUUCCUGCUUUCAUGCAGCUUUGUUUUUCUCUUAUACUUCGCCAGUGUGUUUUUUACGAGACUUUUUUACCUUCUCGCGAAACGAUGUUGCUGAAAAGUCACGACCUACCUUCUAGAGUAUAGUAUCAUCGCUCCGGCGUUUGUUGGUGGAGGCUGUUCAAAUAGAUUUUGGUAUUUGUUUACUCGGUAAUUUCAUGCGCAGAAGACUAUAAUAAAGGAGUAGCGUGUUGUAUUGGAUGAGUAUAUCGUGAGCUACAAUUAGGAUGCCUGGACAACUACUUGACCUGAUACAUCCAUGUGGUAUUAGAUCUCUCGACACAAAAAGUCUACAAAGAGCCAUCACUCACUUCUAAGAUUAUGAGCAAUCCAAUCUCCUAAUCAAGGCAAAUACCAGGUCGAUAUGGUCCCUCUUCAAUAUAUACAUAACCGCCGAGUGUUAGAUCUCAACAUCAUCUAGACAGCUCACGAGCUCUUCUACUUCACAACUUUACAUAUUCCUCAUAGAUCGAAUGAGACAACACGUAUAACCAUCCUGUUCAGACCAAACCAAUCAUGUAUGUAUGUAUCAGACCCCAACCCAAAUACCCAUCAUGGUCUAGUUAUAGUAACCCACCCUACCUGCCGCCACCCGGCCCCUGACAAGACGACAAAACGCUCUAUAAACAGAAUAUCGGAUCGGAAUCACGCUGGUGCCCCUCCCUUUCAUACUAUAGUCAUACCACACUGUAACCAUUUGGCCCCUGUCAUCGCCUAGAUGAGGCAGCCGAACACCAAGGAAUGACAUGCAAAGUGGAGAAUGGAUGUAGCUACGGUGUACGGGGUAGGGAGGGUAGAGACCGCGACGUUUACAGUAAUUUCGGCCCCCUUUUCGUUCCUCCUGUCUCCGUUAUGAUGGUGCCGUGUGUAUGUAUGUAUGUAUGUAUAUGCAGUGAUAAAAUAGAAGGAUUGAUUUGAGGGAAGUCGUAAGUUGGGAUAGAGUUGAUUGAGGUAGGUAGGUAUGUGGGUACUUUACCCAGGUAUGUACUGAUUUCUCCUGUUGAGUUACUUACUUACUUACUUACCUACCCCUGAAUAAUUAAUCUUGUUAUGUUCAAUUCCACAGAAGCUUACAGAUUAUACCUUAUCAUCAUUGUUACCUACUAGGUAGCUCUCCGUCAUCCGCACGUAGUAUAUACUCCGGAGACGGAACCUGUCGAAUGACCCAGGCGGAGCACAGCGUAGGCUACUACAUUGAUCAGACCACGGAGUACGCAUGCAGGGUUCCCCCGGAGGCAGUACACCGUACGGAGUAGGCAACAGACCCAGUCCACUCCAUACGGACGGACAUAAAAGAAGAAAAGAGGAACUGAGACAAUCAGACUACACCGCAGCAAGGAGAGAAUCGACGCCCAGAAACCUCUCCUCACCCCCAGCCGACGCCAUGACGUAUCACACAUUUGACCACCUUGGAACAGAAAUUGACAGGAGGAAAAAAGACCCCACGGUCAGAGUCAGGGAGAUAGGAAGCCGAGAAAGUCGAGGGAGGUUGUCCUGUAGAUGCAUACGGUGUACUUAGAUAGUGGGGACCGAAGGAGGCAGUGCAUGUUUUAGCCCGGGGAUUCAAGAAAUUGAUUGGUGAGAGACUGCCAAUUACUGGGUGAGCUUGACAUUGUAAUCUACCAAGCGGAAGACUUGGUGCCUGGACUAUCAGUC